AUGUCUCAAGAUCGCCCGGCUGAGAGCGGACCAGACGAGGACGAUAGCAUGCCGCUCCUAAGGACGUACCUAUCGCGGAUCAGGAGCCGUGUACUCUCAAAAGAUGCCAGCUCCGCGAGUGCCGUCAAUGGCAUGUCCAAGUCCGUUCUAGUCAUGGGCAACCCGUCCGCAGACCUGGACAGUUUCAUCUCAGCCGUUACCACAUCCUACUUCUACAACCUGCAGAGCAACUCUAAACACGCCAACGGGAGGACAUACAUCCCCAUCCUAAAUCUCCCAUCAGUAAAAUCAGUCGAGUUAUUGAGACUACGGCCCGAAUUCGGCGUCGCCCUCCGCCUGGCACUGGGCGAGUCAGCCGACGCCGUCAACCAAGCAGAGGCGGGCGAGCAAGGAAAGACCUCCGUGCUGGAAGAUCUGAUCACCAUCGCGGACCUCAAAUCUAACGCAAACUCAUCCCUCCGCCGGCUUUUCACGGAAUCAUCGGAUGCCGGAUCUUCAUCUCAAUCUACCAAGGAUCCCUCGGAGAAACAACACCUCUUCCUCGUCGACCACAACGCCCCGUCAAUCCCCGGGCUUUCUGACGAGCUCAUCUCCUCGCGCUUCACGGUGACGAGUUGCAUCGACCACCACGUGGAUGAGGGCUACGUGCCUCAAGACGCGGCCCCACGGAUCAUCACCACCGGCAUAGGAAGCUGCACAAGCCUGGUGAUCAAGCACCUCCGCGACGAAGGUCUCUGGCCGCGUGGCCUACCCGAGACACCAUCUUCAGAGACUCAAGCACUGCAGGAGAUGUCCAAACUCGCGCUCGCCCCGAUCCUGAUCGACACGGCGAACCUCAAAGCGACGGGGGACAAAUGCUCCGACACAGACCGCGAGGCCGUGACGUUCCUCGAAUCAGAAUCAGCCAUCACGGGUCCUCAGGUCGAGGGCGUACAAGCGGCAUCCACGCACAGUGGCAAAUGGCACCGCGACGCCUUCCACUCGGCGAUUGCCACUGCGAAAUCCAAUUCCCUGGAUUUGUUAUCCAUGCAGGAGAUCUUCGACCGCGACUAUAAAGUCUGGACGGAACGUACUUCCAGUAACAAGGAAGUGAAUAUCGGCAUCUCGAGCCUCGUCCGACCGCUGUCCUGGCUAGCCAAGCACGCGGGCGGCGUUGAUGAGCUUCUUGCCGAGAUUGAGACAUUCGCGACGCAUCCGGACAGGAAGUUGGGCGUGUUCGGCGUGCUGACCCGGACGGGCGAAGGGCAUAAAGAGGUGGUGGUCCUCGCGUUCGACGAGGCCGUUAGCGGCUUGCCAGAAAGGUUCGAGCACCAAGGGCAGAGUGCUGAGCUGCGGCUCCAACCUUGGGAAGGGGACGAGUCGCUCAAGGAGGCACUCGGGCAGAAGUUCGAACACGGACAGUACCAAUUCUGGUACAUGGGCGAUACGAGCAAGAGUCGGAAACAGGUCGGGCCGCUAUUGAGGGAGGCGGUGCGUGGGAUGUGA